GAGAGGCGGGGAGGCGCCGGCGGUCAGGGGUCCGCCCUGGCGGGCGGCAGCCCCCGCCCCGCUUUGUUCUCCGCUGCUGUCUCAGCCUCAGGGCGAGUGGGUGGCCCUGUCGCCGGUCGGAGCGGCUCCGCGGCCUGAGGCUGUGGUAGUGAGCGUGCUGUGAGCGGGUAAUUUUUCUUCAUGGCUUGGGAGAUACUGGGCAUGGAUGGUCAGAAUCACUUGCAGGUAUCAAAACCCCCCACGUAAAAUACAUUUGCCCACACGCGCCAGUUAUGCCAGUUUCUUUGAACAUGAACAUGGCUAUGCCGUCAUGGUUUGAUAUCAUUGGACUCUCUCCAGAUUCACAGGAGGAUGAAGCUGGGAUCAAGAAGGCAGCAGAGAGUGUUAAAGCACUGAUAGAUCAAGAAGUUAAAAAUGGAAUUCCUUCUAAUAGAAUUAUUCUGGGAGGCUUUUCUCAGGGAGGUGCUUUGUCAUUGUAUACAGCUCUUACAACACACCAAAAAUUAGCAGGUGUUGUAGCCCUCAGCUGUUGGCUUCCUCUACGGGCGUCUUUUCCUCAGGGCCCCAUCAGUGGUGUGAACAAGGAGAUUGCUGUCCUUCAGUGCCAUGGGGACUGUGACCCAUUGGUUCCUUUAAUGUUUGGUUCUCUCACUGUUGAGAAGCUGAAGAGUAUGAUAAAUCCGGCCAAUGUAACCUUCAGGACUUACUCUGGAAUGAUGCAUAGUUCAUGUAUUGAGGAGAUGAUGGAUAUAAAACAGUUCAUAGAAAAACAUCUACCUCCCGUAGACUGAAAAGAUAUGUGAGAAAACUUCUAUAUAAAUACACCAGCAUCAACUGUGGUAGAGUGUUAAUCUUUUCAUAUGCCUGAUUGGAAGCAUUACUUCUAUACUUGCAGUGUUACUACUGUGUUGCAAAUUUAUACUUAGGAUGAAGAUUAAAUAAUACACAUGUACAAGAAAUUAUGAUCUCUUUAGUAUUGAUUGUCCUCUGGUGGGACCGUAUGAACGAGGCAGCUAGGUGACAAUGACAGAAUGUAAUCUAAGCAUACUGUUUAAAAUGCUGGAUUUUUUUUAAUUGCAGAGUUUUGAUCUAUGUGUAAAAGUAAUAAAAAAUUAAAUGUGAGCAACAUAAAUGUGAUUAUGUAUACUUGAGAUAUGAUUUGUUCGUAAUACUCAUUGAAAACGUAGAAAAAUAUUUCCUUUAUGUAAUGGACACGUGAAGUACUCAACAUGUAACAUAGUGGGCAUAUGAUGGUAAAAUAAAUGGUACCAAGGAUAAAGCUUUAAAUAUUAAAUGCUAAUUGUUACAUCAGAUAAGGAGGAUUAUUCUCCUAGAAUAGCUAGAACUCUGUUGAGGGUAUUUUCUGUAUUUAAACCACUUCAAUUUUUAACUGUUUUCAGAUGGGUAGAUAUUGUGGAAAUUUUAAAGGGAUUCAUUCCUUGUUAGACUGUCAUUGGUUGCUUAUUGUCUGGGUUUUUUUAUUGUUACUGUAAGCUUCUGUUGGAUGCUGACUUGGAACAGGAUUCUGAAGAAUUGCAUAGGAUUAAUUUGAGUUACAUUUAAAACCUCCUGUUCUUGUAAUGAAUAUCCAUCUUGUGCUUUAGUCUUUGUACCUUUUUUUGUGUAGAAACGUUGAUGAAAUAUUUUAUGUGAGCAAUUACAGCAUAUACAGAUUUUUCUGUUUGCUUUGGGAUAACUAACUGAAAGCAAUGAAGCUGUGUAGUUCUGUGUAUUGUUCAAGUCUCCUCUGUAACAGACAUUAUAGAAGACCUGCUAUGGGGGGAAAAAAAAAAUCUACAGCAUACUCUUCUUUCACAAGCUUAAAAUUCCCAAACACACUGGGAUAUAGAAAUUGGUGCCCACUCAGCAGCUUUUUGCAGUUAAAAGAUACACUUUUCUUCUAGAAACAGCUGUUCUAUAGAGUUCAGGGGCUGUCACCACACUUAGGAAUGUUUCAAAAAUACACUAUAGUUUUUACUAAGUAAUAUACUGCCUGUUCUAUACUGUGUUUGUAAGCAAAGAAUAUUCCCGUUCUCCAUUCAUUUGUGUUGUCAGCACUGUGCUUCCUACUUGCAUUGAACAUUCUUUAUCCUCUCCCAGCUUAAUGAAGUGAUUCUCUUGCAAUGUGUAUGGACUUACUUCCAAGGCAUCUGACAGUACAAAUGCAUAAAUGAGGAAUUACACCUUUUUAUCCCUUCUUUAACACAGCUGCUGUCAGAAAUCUGACUUGUUCACCAAGUGUGAGUUCUCAGAUUCCAGUGCUUUUCUUCAUAUGUAUUGCACUGUUUUUAGGAAGCUGUUUUUUUCUUUUCUAAUCCAGUUUAUCUGGAUUUUUAAACAUCUCAUAAUGUGUAAAAUAGAAAAGGAUUUUUUCCUAAAUGGUAUUAAAACCCUUUUCGAUACUCCAUCUGUGUGUUUGAGAGGGCACAUCUAUUAACUUUGAAGUUUAAUUAGUCACUCUGUUCUGUUUAUAUGCCAAUUUGUCUGUCAGUUAAUUUAGUUCACAGAAGAAACCAUAAUAUUCUGACUGUAGUUGUGCCAAAGUUCUAUUAAGAAAACAACAUGUCCUAGUUUCAAGUCAUUCACAAAUUGCAUUAGCUAAUUUUGCAGUCCUGCUGCACUGCAAACUUGGUAAGCAAACUAUGGGGUUUUUUCCUAGUUUUAAAAUUUACCCUCGUUCCCCUGUUGUCUAAAUAAUUCCCUGAAUAUUGUCAUGUUUCCUAAGUUCGACACAAGCUUCCAAUUUUUGCUUAUUAUUUUCUUGUUCUGUUUGUAAAUCAUUUGAUAAUCCCUUAAUCACAGAAUCUUGAGGGUUGGGAGGGACCUUGAAAGAUCAUCUUGUCCAGCCCCCCUGGCAGAGCAGGACCUCACAGUUCAGCUGUCUUUCAACUUGUAGUUGAUUGUGUGCUCAUUUCACAUAUUUUCAUCUGUAAGUAAUAAUUUUUUAACUCCUUCUAAGAUGUUAAAAUGAGAUCAGUCCUAGAUUUAUUCUUUGUGGACUUUGUAACACUUUGGUUUGGUGAACUGUAUUCACAACUCAUGGACAGUUUCUAGUAUUUAUGCAUUUUAAUCCAAGUCAGCUUCAAUUGCCGUCUCCAUGAUGCUUUCAGAUGUUUUUCUAAAAAUGCUUUUGUUCAGCUACUGCCCUAUCACAAGAUUGUUUUACAAUGUUGUUUUGCUGCUUGCUUUAUCUACAAAGAGCUGUGUUACCAAAGUAAAUGCACAUAAAUUUUGCAACUUAUUCUGAAUUUCUGUAUUCUAAGAAUUCUUCUCCUGAAGUUUGUGUUGUUUUACAGAAGUAUAUGAAUAUGUUGUAGCUGGGGGAUGUUAAAGACCCCAGAAGAUAGGCUUCAAAUACAUCCUGGAAGUUUCCUCUAUCUUGUCCCUUCCUAUAAUACAGUAUAUAUCUUGAGCUCCAGUCUUUUGUAACUUCCCAGCUAAUUGUGUAUAUGAUCUUGUAGCUGAAGUACUGCACUACCAACUGAUUUAAUGCUGGGAUUGUUGGCACGAUUGCAUUCACGAGUAAAAGCUCAAUUAGACUCAAUCUGGUGUGUGGGAUUUCCUAAUAUUCUUUUACAAUGGAAAAGUUGGACUGUUUGAAAUGUGAAUGUCCUGUUCUCAUAAACUACAAUUUGAAGCUCCAAUAAUGGUUUGGGGAUUUUUUUUUGUAAUACUACACUUUCCCCAAAAGGGGAUAAUGUCUGUCAAACCUGUGAAAACAUUGGUAUGAAAAUACCUUGCUUGCAGAUCGGUUUGUUUCAGUGGGUCUCUUAUUCCUCAAUGUGUUUUUCGUUUCAAAAUGGUACUUACAUUUGGCUGCAGUUUUGUGCAGUCAGAAAUCUGACUUCUUGUUGGAAUAUGUUGCCUACUUUUUAAUAAAUAUGUUGAAUUAUGUAUUAAAAGCCAACCUUCUAGCUGUUCCUGAGGUAAACCUGUACUGGGAUCUGUGCUGUGAUGAGGACUGUAUGAUUUGGUCUCCUUCUCCUAUCUUGUAUAAUUACAACACAGUAGAUUGGUAAAAGUAAUGUAACUAUUAAUUAAAUGUAACUGAUUAGAACUGUUAAUUAAAACAUGUUCUCUCUGAUGGAGUAUACUGCACUUCACUGAAAUCCUUAGGAUGCAUGUUUUAUGUAGAGAUGUGGUUUGUUGAUAGAUGUGACUGGGAACUAAGAUGUUCAUGAAGCCAUAUGUACAAGGUCUGUGUAUCUUAAAUUUUAUAAAAAAAUACUGAACACUUA